GUUACCGGUCUCGCCAUGGAGCGGAAAGGUGAGCGGUGGAGCGGCCUCCGCCACGAGGGGCAACGGCCGGCGGGGCGAGGCCCGGGUCCGCCGGAGCUUUGCCUAGCCGCCGCAGUCCGGUCCCCGGGCGUGCGGCGCCCCCCCACUGAGGUGGCGCCGCCCUUCACCCCCCGCCUCUGGGCUGCGGGUCCGCGCCCCUCCGCCCAGGCGUCCUUCCGCACCGGCAGUCAUCGCCCCUUGUUCCCCGCCAGGCCGGCCCGCGCCUUGGGGCCGCUGCAGGGCCCGGCCCGCGGCCGGCGAGGCAGACCCCCGCCCGCCGGCCCCCUGACCCGACCCGAGCCCCCGCCGGCGCACCCCGCCCGGGCGCAGCUCUGCGCCCCGCCGGCCGCCCGCCGCUCGGCCGGCCGCCUCGCCGAAGCCGCGGCGCUCGUCCCGGAGCCGCCCCUCAGCCAGGCCCCGCACCCGGGCCUCGCGCCCCCGCUGGGUCUCCACCCUCACCUUGGUCGCCUCCUUUACUCCACAUUCGCCCUUCAUCCAUCCCUCUCUUCUGCAGUGCUUGCGCUCCAGGCCCGAAAGAAAAGGACCAAGGCCAAGAAGGACAAAGCCCAGAGGAAAUCUGAAACUCAGCACCGAGGCUCUGCUCCCCACUCGGAAAGUGAUCUACCAGAGCAGGAAGAGGAGAUUCUGGGAUCUGAUGAUGAUGAGCAGGAAGAUCCCAAUGAUUAUUGUAAAGGAGGUUAUCAUCUUGUGAAAAUCGGAGAUCUAUUCAAUGGGAGAUAUCACGUGAUCCGAAAGUUGGGCUGGGGACACUUUUCGACAGUGUGGUUAUCAUGGGAUAUUCAGGGGAGGAAGUUUGUGGCAAUGAAAGUAGUUAAAAGUGCUGAACAUUAUACUGAAACAGCACUAGAUGAAAUCCGGUUGCUGAAAUCAGUUCGUAACUCAGACCCUAAUGAUCCGAAUAGAGAAAUGGUUGUUCAGCUACUAGAUGACUUUAAAAUAUCAGGAGUUAACGGAACACAUAUCUGCAUGGUGUUUGAAGUUUUAGGGCAUCAUCUGCUCAAGUGGAUCAUCAAGUCCAAUUAUCAAGGGCUCCCACUGCCUUGUGUCAAAAAAAUUAUUCAACAAGUGUUACAGGGUCUGGAUUAUUUACACACCAAGUGCCGUAUCAUCCACACUGACAUUAAACCAGAAAACAUCUUGUUGUCAGUGAAUGAGCAGUACAUCCGAAGAUUGGCUGCAGAAGCAACAGAGUGGCAGCGAUCUGGAGCUCCUCCACCCUCUGGAUCUGCGGUCAGUACUGCGCCCCAGCCUAAACCAGCUGACAAAAUGUCAAAGAAUAAGAAGAAGAAAUUGAAGAAGAAGCAGAAGCGCCAGGCAGAAUUACUAGAGAAGCGAAUGCAGGAAAUUGAGGAAAUGGAGAAAGAGUCGGGCCCUGGGCAAAAAAGACCAAACAAGCAAGAAGAAUCAGAGAGUCCUGUUGAAAGACCCUUGAAAGAGAACCCACCUAAUAAAAUGACCCAAGAAAAACUUGAAGAGUCAAGUACCAUUAACCAGGAUCAGACACAUAUGGAACGUGGUGUAGAGGGUGGUGCAGCAGAGAUUAAUUGCAAUGGAGUAAUUGAAAUCGUUAAUUAUACUGAGAACAAUAAUAAAGAAACAUUGAGGCUUAAAGAGGAUCUACAUAAUGCUAAUGACUGUGAUGUCCAAAAUUUGAAGCAGGAACCUAGUUUCCUAAGCUCCCAAAAUGGAGACAGCAGCACAUCUCAAGAAACAGACUCUUGUACACCUAUAACCUCUGAGGUGUCAGAUACCAUGAUGUGCCAGUCUUCACCAAAUGUAGACCAGUCAUUCAGUGAACAGGAUAUCAGCCAGCUUCAAGAAAGUAUUCGGGCAGAGAUACCCUGUGAAGAUGAGCAAGAACAAGAACAAAAUGGACCAUUGGACAACAAAGGAAAAUCCACUGCUGGAAAUUUUCUUGUUAAUCCCCUUGAGCCAAAAAAUGCAGAAAAGCUCCAGGUGAAAAUUGCCGAUCUUGGAAAUGCCUGCUGGGUGCACAAGCAUUUCACUGAAGAUAUUCAAACAAGGCAGUAUCGCUCGUUGGAAGUUCUGAUAGGAUCUGGCUAUAAUACCCCUGCAGACAUUUGGAGCACGGCAUGCAUGGCGUUUGAACUGGCCACAGGCGACUAUUUGUUUGAACCGCAUUCAGGGGAAGAGUACACUCGGGAUGAAGAUCACAUUGCAUUGAUCAUAGAACUUCUGGGGAAGGUGCCUCGCAAGCUCAUUGUGGCAGGAAAAUAUUCCAAGGAAUUUUUCACCAAAAAAGGUGACCUGAAACACAUCACGAAACUGAAACCCUGGGGCCUUUUUGAGGUUCUAGUGGAGAAGUAUGAGUGGUCUCAGGAAGAGGCAGCUGGCUUCACGGAUUUCUUACUGCCCAUGUUGGAGCUGAUACCCGAGAAGAGAGCCACUGCUGCCGAUUGUCUCCGGCACCCUUGGCUCAACUCCUAAGCCCCAGCCUAACAGCGCAGCAGAGAUCACAUGCUGACCCUCACCCCUCCCCAACAAGUAUUUCCCUCUUCCCUUUUCAGGGUGAAGCUCUUCCUUCAAGGGUUUCCUAAGGGGUUUUUUUGUUUUGUUUUUUUGUUUUUUGUUUUCUUGUUUUCUUUUUUUUAAAUCAAUCUGUUCAUUUGGGUUUGCUUACUUGACCCUGUGGAGAUCCCCCACAGCCAUUGGGCAUCCUAGGUGAAUUUGGCCUUGAUUGGGCUCUGCCAAAGACGAAUAGACUAAAAUGUGAAACAGCCUCUCA